AAAAACAAUAAACACCAAAAUCUCAAUACAAGAUAAAAUUAAAGAUUAAUAGUAGUUUAAUAUAUAAACAACAUAUAUAUUUCUUUAAUUAUUAUCUUGUCAGAUUUGAAGUUGAUAUAUAAGGAGGAGACUUCAUCUCCGAACCUUGAGAAUGGGUAUCUCAACAAGGUCACGCCAGGGGAUAAGUUUGCUUAUUUGUUGCUUCGUAAUUUUUGUGCAAUCAAAGGGAUCAGAAGCCCAGAUGGUCUACAAAACCGUUGUUGAGAGUGCCAGUGCGGAAGGAGCUGUUUGUUUGGAUGGGAGUCCACCGGCGUAUAUUUUGGAUCGAGGAAGUGACGAAGGAGCACAAAAUUGGUUGGUUUACGUUCAAGGAGGAGGGUGGUGUAUAAACAACACCAAUUAUGAUACUGCUGAUAACAGUGUUCAAAGCUGCACAGAGCGUGCAACUGGAGAACUGGGUUCAUCAUUCCUGAUGACGCCUAUGGAAUUUAAUAAAAGCGUGUUUGGGAACGAGUCAAGAUUGAGCUAUUUCUAUAACUGGAAUCGAGUCAUUCUCAAGUAUUGUGACGGUGGAUCGUUUCUUGGAGAUGUUGACCAACCCGAUCCUGAUACUAAACUUUACUAUCGAGGAGCAAGGAUUUUCAAAGCGCUGACUCGAUAUUUGAUGGAAAAUGCUGGUCUGAAAGACGCUCAAAAUGUACUUCUUGCUGGAGGUUCCGCAGGUGGAGUAGGUGUGAUGGCACAUUGUGAUAAUUUUCGAAGCCUAUUUCCAGAUAAUGUGAGAGUAAAAUGUCUAGCGGACAGUUCUCUCUUCCUUCAUGUGAACGAUCCCAAGCGAGCAGAAUGGUUUGAAGGUCUCUUUGGUAAUGUAGUUGGUCUACAUAAACCCGAGAAGGCAUUGCCCACAGAGUGCACCUCGAAGAUGGAUACAUUAUCGUGCUUUUUCCCCAAAAAUUUGGUGCAAUAUGUCAAAACACCCAUCUUCAUUAUAAAUCCCGCACAAGAUUCAUUUCAGGUAAGACACACUUUCUGGGAGGAUCUAUACUUGCAAGUUAAAAAUAACACGGUUGGUCCAGCUGAUAUGGCUUUGCUAAAAGAUUUCAGACAACAAAUAAUCAGUGCUUUACCUCAACAAAGUGACAAGAACGGAUACAUAAUUACCUCCCGUUUUGGGCAUAGCUUAGGAUCUGGAAUAGGCUACAAAUUGUCAAUGUUUGCCGAUGCGAGCUCAAAGUCAUUUGAGACCGCAUUAGUGGAUUGGUUCUUCGACCGAAGUCCUGCAAACUUCAUAGACCCAAGGGAAGAGCCAUUCUACUCAUAAUAUUAAUGAUAAGUUGUUCAACUUCAAAGACUGAGUGACAGAAAAUCCAAUGUAUUGCACUAUUGAAAUAUUGCAUUGAUUGUAAAUUUGUAAUUCUUCUUCACUGCGCCAACUAUAAAUUAAUUAAUGAUUGGAGCUCUUACUCACUUAAACAUUUUGUAUAAUGUAACCAGUCAUUUCCAUAUG